UUCAUUCCGGACAGAUUCUUCUUCUCUCUCCAGUGGAUACUGCGGGGAACACACGGAUUGCCAGUAGGAUGGAUUGCUGAAAGUCCCUUUUGCGAGAUUAUCCAUUUAUUUCUUUUCAUUUCCGUCCGGUCACGCAAUCUCGUCUCCAUCCAUCCAUCCAUCCAUGUGUCCGGACGGGUUGUUCUGAUUCGGACAGAAUGCGGAUCCUGGUGUUGAUCCCGCUGCUGUGGGGACUCAGUGAAGGGGCUUUUCCCAGCAGUGUCCAAAUCGGUGGGUUGUUUAUAAGAAACACGGAUCAAGAAUAUACAGCUUUCCGCUUGGCCAUAUUUCUCCACAACACGAGUCCGAACGCCACGGAGGCGCCAUUCAACCUGGUUCCACACGUCGACAACAUCGAGACGGCCAACAGCUUUGCUGUCACCAAUGCCUUCUGUUCGCAGUAUUCCCGAGGGGUGUUUGCGAUCUUCGGCCUGUACGAUAAGCGCUCGGUCCACACGCUGACGUCGUUCUGCAGUGCGCUGCACAUCUCUCUGGUGACUCCCAGUUUCCCAGCCGAGGGAGAGACUCAGUUCGUGCUGCAGCUCCGUCCCUCCAUCCGGGGGGCGCUAAUGAGUCUCCUCGACCACUACGACUGGAACCGCUUCGUAUUCCUGUACGACACCGACAGAGGAUACGCCAUCCUGCAGGCCAUAAUGGAGAAGGCGGGUCAGAACGGUUGGCAGGUCAGCGCCAUCUGUGUGGAGAACUUCAACGACGCGAGUUACCGAAGGCUUCUGGAGGACCUGGACCGGCGACAGGAGAAGAAGUUCGUCAUCGACCUCGAGGCAGAACGACUCCAGAACCUUCUAGAGCAGAUCGUGAGUGUGGGGAAACAUGUGAAAGGAUACCACUACAUCGUCGCUAACCUGGGUUUUAAGGAUAUUUCUCUUGAGAGGUUUAUGCACGGCGGGGCAAACGUAACCGGUUUCCAGUUGGUGGAUUUCAGUAAAGCAAUGGUGAUCAAACUAAUGCAACGCUGGAAUAAACUAGACCAGAGGGAGUAUCCAGGAUCUGAGAGCCCACCCAGGUACACAUCAUCAUUGACGUAUGAUGGUGUGCUAGUGAUGGCGGAGGCGUUUCGAAAUCUGCGCAGACAGAAGAUCGACAUCUCUCGCAGAGGCAAUGCUGGAGACUGCCUGGCCAACCCAGCUGCUCCUUGGAAUCAGGGCAUCGACAUGGAACGAACUCUGAAACAGGUGAGAAUCCAUGGUCUCACUGGGAAUAUCCAGUUUGAUCAUUAUGGACGCAGAGUCAACUACACCAUGGACGUCUUUGAGCUAAAGAGUAACGGCCCCCGCAAGAUCGGUUACUGGAACGACCUGGAUAAAUUGGUUUUGGUCCAGAAUGAGCUCUCGAUGGGCAACGACUCCGCUAUGGAGAACAGGACGGUUAUCGUCACGACUAUAAUGGAAGGACCGUACGUGAUGUUCAAGAAGAACUGGGAGAUGUAUGAAGGGAACGACCAGUUUGAAGGAUACUGCGUGGAUCUGGCGUCCGAGAUCGCCAAGCACAUUGGAAUCAAGUACAAGAUCUCCAUUGUUCCGGAUGGGAAGUACGGAGCCAGGGAUCCAGAGACCAAGAUCUGGAACGGCAUGGUUGGGGAGCUGGUGUACGGGAAAGCGGAAAUCGCUGUGGCCCCUUUAACAAUCACUCUGGUCCGGGAGGAGGUGAUCGAUUUCUCCAAGCCCUUCAUGAGUCUGGGCAUCUCCAUCAUGAUCAAGAAGCCGCAGAAGUCCAAACCCGGCGUCUUCUCCUUCCUGGACCCGCUGGCCUACGAGAUCUGGAUGUGCAUCGUGUUCGCCUACAUCGGCGUGAGCGUGGUGCUCUUCCUGGUCAGCCGCUUCAGCCCGUACGAGUGGCACACCGAGGAGCCCGAGGACGGCUCCGACGGUCCGCCCAGCGACCAGCCCCCCAACGAGUUCGGCAUCUUCAACAGUCUCUGGUUCUCCCUGGGCGCCUUCAUGCAGCAGGGCUGCGACUUCACACCCCGGUCUCUGUCUGGGCGUAUAGUGGGAGGAGUUUGGUGGUUCUUCACUCUUAUCAUCAUCUCGUCCUACACGGCGAACCUGGCCGCCUUCCUCACGGUGGAGCGAAUGGUGUCGCCGAUCGAGAGCGCAGAAGAUCUCGCCAAACAGACUGAGAUCGCCUACGGGACUCUGGAUUCUGGCUCCACCAAAGAGUUCUUUAGGAGGUCAAAGAUUGCGGUGUACGAAAAAAUGUGGAGCUACAUGAAGUCUGCGGAGCCCACGGUGUUCACCAAGACCACGGCCGAGGGAGUGGCGCGCGUGCGCAAGUCCAAGGGCAAGUACGCCUUCCUGCUGGAGUCCACGAUGAACGAGUACACAGAGCAGAGGAAGCCCUGCGACACCAUGAAGGUCGGAGGCAAUCUGGACUCCAAGGGAUACGGGGUCGCGACUCCCAAAGGAUCGCAGCUAAGAACGCCGGUAAACCUGGCGGUGUUGAAACUGAGUGAAGCAGGAGUGCUAGACAAACUCAAAAAUAAAUGGUGGUACGAUAAGGGCGAGUGUGGACCCAAGGACUCGGGAAGUAAGGACAAGAGCUCACAGGCGCUGAGCCUGAGCAACGUGGCGGGAGUUUUCUACAUCUUGGUGGGCGGCCUGGGUCUGGCCAUGCUGGUGGCCCUGGUCGAGUUUUGCUAUAAGUCCCGCGCCGAGGCCAAGAAACUGAAGCUCACCUUCUCGGAAGCCAUGAGAAACAAGGCCCGCUUGUCAAUCACGGGCAGCCUGGGGGAAAAUGGGCGUGUCCUGACGCCAGACUGUCCUAAGGCCAUGCGUUCUGGCCCCUCCUAUCGACAUGGCCCCGCCCUCGCCGUGGUGUCCGACCUCCCAUAGAAACCAAAAACUCACCUUGUGCCUUAAACCAUCUUACCCCUCUACCGAAGUUCAGAUUCACGCAUUACGGGAGAACCACGUCGCCGCACGGCUUGCGAGGACUCAGACGUGACAGACCUGGAAAGAAACACAAGAAAUCACACACCCCUGUGGAAAAGACGUCGAAAAUUGUAAACGAGUUGGGACGGCAUAGAUACGAACGUUUUUGACAUUGUCGCAUCAAGGAUCCAUGAUGCCUUAUCCUGAAGCCUAACUUCGAGGACAAACAUCAUCGCAUAAUUGCCGAAGACUCACGUAGAAGACCAGUAAACUGUAAAUGUAAAGACAUUAGCUGCGCUUUACGUGUUUCGUCGCCGUCCAUCAUCAGCAAAACCUGCAUUAGAUGUAUUAACUCACUCGAGCG